CCUUCCGCGGGUCGGGGCCAGUCUGUUCCGGAACCUGCAGCACCUUUCUCGUAGUCCAAGUUCGCCCGCGGCCGGAAUCUGGCUGCGUGUUGAGGAAGGAGGGUGUGGUGGGUUGAAAGCCAUUCUACUUCAUUCCCGAGUUAGACCAUGGAUUCAGUUUUAGUCUCUUAAAAGGGACGUGAUGUUGGAGAUUAUUUCCAGUUUUGGGUAGCAGCAGGUUGACUCCAGGGCCCAAAGCAAGCGGAUUUAACUUAAUGGUGCUCCCGUGUUUGGAGGAGGACCAAACAAAUAAAUAAAUAAAAAGUCCCACCUGGCAAAAUUUCCGUAACCUCGUCCGUCGAAAACCCCAGGUGUCUUAAAUUGCGAUAGUUUUUGUCGUGUCAAGCUGCUGCUUCAGGCGGAGCUCCCAGGGUUAGCUAGGUUGGGGGGUUGAAACAGAUGCAGAAUCCAAAGGCAGUGCAGAAAACAGCCACCGAUUUUGCUAUGCCUCUGAGCUGCAAGAUAACCAGACAGCUCAAUGGAGUCUGAGCAACUGUUCCAUAGAGGCUACUAUAGAAACAGCUAUAACAGUAUAACAAGUGCAAGUAGUGAUGAGGAACUUUUAGAUGGAGCAGGUGUCAUUAUGGACUUUCAGACGUCUGAAGAUGACAAUUUGUUAGAUGGUGACACUGUAGUUGGAACUCAUUACACAAUGACAAAUGGAGGCAGCAUUAACAGUUCUACACACCUACUGGAUCUUUUGGAUGAACCAAUUCCAGGUGUUGGUACAUAUGAUGAUUUCCAUACUAUUGAUUGGGUGCGAGAGAAAUGUAAAGACAGAGAACGGCAUAGACGGAUUAACAGCAAAAAGAAAGAAUCAGCAUGGGAAAUGACAAAAAGUUUGUAUGACGCGUGGUCAGGAUGGCUGGUCGUAACACUAACAGGAUUGGCCUCAGGGGCAUUGGCCGGAUUAAUAGACAUCGCUGCUGAUUGGAUGACUGACCUAAAGGAGGGCAUUUGCCUUAAUGCGUUGUGGUACAACCACGAGCAGUGUUGUUGGGGAUCUAGUGAAACAACAUUUGAGGAGAGGGAUAAAUGUCCACAGUGGAAAACAUGGGCAGAAUUAAUCAUAGGUCAAGCAGAGGGUCCUGGUUCUUAUAUCAUGAACUACAUAAUGUACAUCUUCUGGGCCUUGAGUUUUGCCUUUCUUGCUGUUUCCCUGGUAAAGGUAUUUGCUCCAUAUGCUUGUGGCUCUGGAAUCCCAGAGAUUAAAACUAUUUUGAGUGGAUUCAUCAUCAGAGGUUACUUGGGAAAAUGGACUUUAAUGAUUAAAACCAUCACAUUAGUACUGGCUGUGGCAUCAGGUUUGAGUUUAGGAAAAGAAGGUCCCCUGGUACAUGUUGCCUGUUGCUGCGGAAAUAUCUUUUCCUACCUCUUUCCAAAGUACAGUACAAAUGAAGCUAAAAAAAGGGAGGUGCUGUCAGCUGCCUCAGCUGCAGGUGUUUCUGUAGCUUUUGGUGCACCAAUUGGAGGAGUUCUUUUUAGCCUGGAAGAGGUUAGCUAUUAUUUUCCUCUUAAAACGUUAUGGAGAUCAUUUUUUGCUGCUUUAGUUGCUGCAUUUGUUUUAAGAUCCAUUAAUCCAUUUGGGAAUAGCCGUCUGGUCCUUUUUUAUGUGGAGUAUCAUACACCGUGGUACCUUUUUGAACUGUUUCCUUUUAUUCUCCUCGGGGUAUUUGGAGGGCUUUGGGGAGCCUUUUUCAUUAGGGCAAAUAUUGCCUGGUGUCGUCGACGCAAAUCCACCAAAUUUGGAAAGUAUCCUGUUCUUGAAGUCAUUAUUGUUGCAGCCAUUACUGCUGUGAUAGCCUUCCCUAAUCCAUAUACGAGGCUCAACACCAGUGAACUGAUUAGAGAGCUUUUUACAGACUGUGGGCCCCUGGAAUCCUCUUCUCUUUGUGACUACAGAAAUGACAUGAAUGCCAGUAAAAUUGUUGAUGAUAUUCCUGAUCGUCCAGCAGGCCUCGGAGUAUAUUCAGCUAUAUGGCAGUUGUGCUUAGCACUCAUAUUUAAAAUCAUAAUGACAGUAUUCACAUUUGGUAUCAAGGUUCCGUCGGGCUUGUUCAUCCCCAGCAUGGCCAUUGGAGCGAUUGCGGGAAGGAUUGUGGGGAUUGCUGUGGAGCAGCUUGCCUAUUACCACCAUGACUGGUUUAUCUUUAAGGAGUGGUGUGAGGUUGGGGCUGAUUGCAUUACCCCGGGCCUUUAUGCCAUGGUUGGUGCUGCCGCCUGCUUAGGUGGUGUGACAAGAAUGACCGUCUCCCUGGUGGUUAUUGUUUUCGAGCUCACUGGAGGCUUGGAGUAUAUUGUUCCCCUUAUGGCUGCAGUGAUGACUAGUAAAUGGGUUGGAGAUGCCUUUGGCAGGGAAGGCAUUUAUGAAGCGCACAUUCGGUUAAAUGGAUACCCUUUCUUGGAUGCAAAAGAAGAGUUCACUCAUACCACCCUGGCUGCUGAUGUCAUGAGGCCUCGAAGGAACGAUCCUCCCUUGGCUGUCCUGACCCAGGACAAUAUGACAGUGGAUGACAUAGAAAAUAUGAUUAACGAAACCAGCUACAAUGGCUUCCCUGUCAUCAUGUCAAAAGAAUCCCAGAGAUUAGUGGGAUUUGCCCUCAGAAGAGAUCUGACGAUUGCAAUAGAAAGUGCCAGGAAAAAACAGGAAGGCAUCGUGGGCAGUUCCCGUGUGUGUUUUGCGCAGCACACCCCGUCCCUCCCAGCAGAGAGCCCCCGGCCCCUGAAGCUUCGCAGCAUCCUCGACAUGAGCCCUUUCACAGUGACGGACCACACCCCCAUGGAGAUCGUGGUGGACAUCUUCCGAAAGCUGGGUCUGAGGCAGUGCCUUGUAACUCACAAUGGGAUUGUCUUGGGGAUCAUCACAAAGAAGAACAUAUUAGAGCAUCUCGAGCAACUAAAGCAGCACGUGGAACCCUUGGCGCCUCCUUGGCAUUAUAACAAAAAAAGAUAUCCUCCGUCAUAUGGCCCAGACGGCAAACCAAGACCCCGCCUCAGUAAUGUUCAACUGAACUUCGAGGAUGAGGAGAGAGAGGAGGCAGAAGAGGAAGUUCGUUUGUUGGAUAGCACAACUCUGUAACCUGAGGGAGUCAUAUACUUACUUUCUCCUUUAAACAAGCAAACAAACAAACAAAAGGAGAUAUCAAGGCCAGGCUUCUGCAACGUGGUUUGCAAAUAAUGCUGCUGGAAUAAAGGAAUUGUUUGAGAAGGGAAGGGAGAGAGAAGAAAAUGAGUGAGGUAGAGCAGCCAGCCCACUCCUGCUGUGCUGCACCCGCUGCCUGCCGCGGAGGAGGCUGUGCCCGGAGCGCGGGCUGGAGCCCCCCCCCAGAGGACCCUGGAGCCUCGCUUGGGAGCACCUGGCCUGUUACUCCAUAUCACAAAGACCCGAAAUCAGUCCCUGUUUCUGGAGGGAUGACUUUGAAUUGAGCCAUCUGUAAGACUGCAGGUCUUGCCCUUUUUUUUUUUUUAAAAUCAAAACUGUUCUGUUUAAUUCAUGAAUUGUAUAGUUAAGCAUUACCUUUCUACAUUCCGGAAGAGCUCUCUCUCCCCUUCCCUCUCUUUCUCUCUCUCUGUCGCUGUAACAAAGCCUCUUUAAAUUGGUGUACCCUUUGAAGCAGUCCUUUCUCAUAUUGAGAUGUACUGUGAUUUUACUGAGGUUUCAUCACAAGAAGGGAGUGUUUCUUGUGCCACUAACCAUGUCCUUUGUACCAUCACUGAAUACUUGGAGCAGUCACAUGCACCACGGCAAAGGCUGAUCAAACAGGUAAAAUCUCCAAUGAAGCAUGAAUGAAAUCCCUCAGCUUGUGUGCUGUGAGGUUCAGAAUCUACAAUGAAACGUGACUUGUAAGGAUAGAGUUCUUUUUUUUUUCUCUCACAUUUCAUGGAUAACAUGACCUGGUCUUAUGCCUAUUUUCUGUUUCUAAAACUACUCUGAUAUGCAAGCACUGUUUAGCAUAAGGAAACAAAAUGCUGCUGCUUUGACAGUAAAGAGAAGGAAAUACUCUGUUUAGAUGUAUCUGGUAUUAAUUGCAUGUUUAAACACUGGAAUUUUUUUUUUUUAAUCAGAUUGGUCAUUUUUUUCCCUCAAGAUAUUUUACUGCUGACACUGAAGAAAUGUAAUUCGUAACUUGCACUAAAUGUAUAUUUCUUUUCCUAAAAAUUUACCAUUCUUAUUUAUAUUUUUAUGGAUUAAAAUUUAUAAAAUACAGAUCAGUUAAUAUCUCACUUAAAUAAUUUUACAUUUUUAAUGCGAUUUUUAUAGACUAAUUCAGACUUACAAAUACGGAGAUAUGAACAAAGUUUACAGUGGGAACAAGGGUUUAAGAGAGGUUGCGGUUAUUUCUCUAGGAUCCAAAGGUGCACAUAAACCUGAUCUUUCACUGCCAUCCUCUGACCUGUCCAUUUUGACUCAUUAACUGGAAAGUGGAAACACUACACAUCACUUUGCAGAUUAAAAAUCAAAUGUUAGAUAGUGUACACCCUUUUUUAAAAAUCAAAUGGAAACAAUAAAAUUGCGAAGAUAGCAGUUAAUAUUAUAAUCUGAUCAUAAGCUUUGAAUCUUCGGGUAUGUCCCAUCCAGAAGAGUUCUGUUCAGUGAUGUUUUGCCUAGAUGCAGUGCACAUUUUUGCAGGAUGAAUUGAAAAGGUACUAGGGUGUUUUGGGGGUUUUUGUUUUUGGAAAUGUCUGUCUUAAUCAUAAUCUUAAUUCACUAUUGGCAAAAGCAGUUUUACUUGAAGGACUGGCCUAAAUAUUCUGUGAUUAUGCAUUCUGGGUUGGAAAGUAAAUUUUUUGCAGACAGAUAUUUUCUGAAACAACUGGCAAGGAGCUGGUUUUUGGGAAGUGAUUCUUCACUUCCUAGCUUUUAAUAAUAAUAAUAAUAAUAAUAAUAAUAAUAAUAAUAUAUCUGUAAGAUCUUGAAGAUUUGUAAGACCACGAAGCCAUAUUAGAGUGACAAUUGAAAGUUGAGCAAAAUUUUAGCAACUUUGUGAAACAUGCUUAGUUUUACUAUCUGCCUAAAGUUAGAUUUUUGUCCAAGACACUUCCCCACUUUGGCAGACUUCAGGUUUUCUCAAUGGCCCCUUCACAGUUUGACCAUCCAGAGUGAAGUAACUCCUAAAUGAUAGUUCUCUGUAUUUUAUUGCCAGCUUGUCUUGGUGCAUUUACAGUGCGCAAGGCACAGGCUAGAGUAGGGAUUCCUCAGCACUGGCUAUUGAGUAACUUAAUUGCUUGUUUUCAGUUACAAGCCUUCAAAGGAGAAAAGUUUCUUUGCAGAUAGUUUCAUAACAUUCAACCUAACGUAUUUCUUUUCUAUUUUUUCUUUUACUUCUUUUCCCUUUUUUUGAUUUUAGGAUCUCCUUUCAUUGCCCUUCCUGCUUCAGAGACUGACAUUUCAGGGUGGAUAGUAAUUUUCUUCAUGAUGUAUUUCUAACCUGAUGUGUCUCACAGCUGAAAUACAGGAAAAGUGCCAUAUUUUUAUGCAUUCAGUGGUUCCCUUUGGUAUUCUGAUCUGUUCCAUUUUUCUUUUUGAUAUGUUGAAGUGUGUCUGCUUUUUAAUCAAACUGUGAAUAGAGGAGACCAUGAAAUAUAUGUGCCUAGCUGAUUGGCAAAUCAAUUGACGGAUACAGUAAGUGGAGCGCCUUAUUUGAGUACCCUUUUUGAGAAGGUAUGAUGAGAAUGGGCAAGGGUGUCAGCAUCUCUUCUUAACACUUGUUUUCAGUUUGGCUCAUGAAGAAUGCUUAGUUUGUUAAUCUGUGAUGUUGCCUAGAGCUGUAUUUAUCUGUUUUCAUUUAUACUAGUGUAGUAAAGCUGCAUAUCAUUACAGUAAAAAUGAUUACUGUGAUGAGUUAAUCAGAAUAUCUAUUAAAAUAUAUAUGACAAUUUGUGGUUUGGCCUUUAAUUAUAUCUGUAACAGUCCUCCCACUGUACUGCUCUAGGCAGUGUAGGCCAAUAUGCCUGGCACAGGCAGCCUCAAAGGGUGAUGUGUAUAAAGCCACGUCUGCACUCGGCAAGCACGGAGCCACAAAGCGACAGGUGCUGGGUUUAACAGCAGGGUAUGUGUUCAGUGUGUGGGGGCAGUCGGACAGAGCCUCCACGUCAGUGAAAGUUGCAGGGAUAUAGGAAGAUUUCAUUUUGUUUUACUU